GGAAUUACAUUCUUUUAUCUUAAGUAAACACGACGCUAAUAAGCUUUAUAUACAGCGAGUCGCUCAAACAUUUGGAGCCUCACAUUACUUCAGAUUGCUUCGCGGGAUAUCGAAACCUAAACAAGAUGGCGAACGAAGCCAGGCCGUGUCCCUGCGACAUUGGGGAUCGGAUGGAGUACGGAGGACUGGGACAGGAGGUCCAGAUCGAGCAUUUCUCAGCUUAUGUAGUCAAGCCCUCCACAGCCUCUGACAAGGCCAUCAUCGUCAUCCAGGACAUCUUCGGGUGGCAGCUUCCUAACACCAGAUACAUUGCCGACAUGUUGGCUGCCAAUGGAUACACUGCUGUUUGUCCAGACUUCUUCCUUGGGAAAGAGCCAUGGAGUCCGUCACAUGACUGGUCCACAUUUCAGACGUGGCUUGAAGACAGAAAGCCAACAAACAUAAAUAAGGAGGUGGAUGCGGUGUUGAAGUACCUGAAGAAGAAUUGCGGGGCCAAACGCAUCGGAGCUGUGGGCUUUUGCUGGGGAGGGGUUGCCACACAUUACAUGGCCCUACAGUACCCGGAGAUCAAAGCCGGAGUGUCAUUUUAUGGAAUAAUUCGAGAGAAGGAAGACAGGUAUGAGCUGAAGAGUCCUACGCUGUUCGUUUUUGGGGACAAGGAUGAUUAUAUCCCCCUGGACCAGGUGAGCGCCCUGGAAGCAAAGCUGAAGGAGAAGUGCAAGGUGGACUACCAGGUGAAGAUAUUUCCAGGGCAGACUCACGGGUUUGUCCACCGCAAGAGAGAAGACAUCAACCCUGAAGACAAACCCAAAAUCCAGGAGGCCAGAGGAGACAUGUUCCAAUGGCUCAACAAAUACAUGUAAAUAAUCACGAUUAAGCCAGGACGUCACAGUGCCUUAAGUAACUAAUCGAAACCUUACACGCCAAAUCAAAAAUACAUGGGUGCUACUUAGAGAUGAAAAUAAGUUCUUCUUAGUUGUUUAUCUUCCACAAGUUUUCAAAUCAAGUGUGAUUUAUUUUGAAAGCCAAUGAAGGAAUUGUGAUUUUAAUGAUGCACUGUAGACCCCUUCACAGUUUUUAAACAAAGUGACUUUUUUUGAGGGGCGGGUCUUAGCUGGAGGCAAAAUAUCUCAAACACUGUAGCUUGUGAACGGUGGUUAGCAUAAUUCAACGCACUGUUUUGGCAAGAACGAACGAGGAAAACGCAUAUUUUAGAGAAUAUACUUGUACACUCACUCCCUGAGACCAAAGGAGGAAGACAGAGGGGAUGAAGUCUGGUCUGUCUUUAUCAAGUGAAGCCUCUCCAACACAUUUAUUACAAGAAGUAAGUAGGACCACCGCGGAGAGUAAUGUAGUAAAUGCAAUUUCUGCUUGGACACCCCCGAAACAUACAACUAAUGUUUCGUUAGUUAGCGGUUAGCAUUAGCACUGACGUGUAUCAAAAACCUUUGAAUAAUUAACUUUAUAAACGUUAUUUCAGUCACAUUUUAGUCUAACCCAUGUAGCCGAGCGUCCUGGAUUCACCUAUACUCUGGUUUAAUAAAAUAAUAAAUGGGACCAGAGCCCUGAGCGCAUGUCCAGCCACCACAUUUUUCUGAACUUCUUGUGAGUCACCCGCCCACAACAUUGAACCAUCAGCCCUACAGCAAGUCAGAGGGACACUUUACAUGCAGCACAAAAUAGUCUGUCACACCCGUAACGUUAUCCAGGCUAUAAAUGAUGAUGUAUUAGAUAUUAAGCUUAUCGGAUAUUAAGUGUGUGCUGCAAACAGAGUUGUUAAUGAUUGUCUCACUGCAAUAUUUCCUUUUAAUCACAUUCAACCUAAGUCAUCUAUAACUGGCAGUGGCUGGUAAGCAAUAAAACUUCAAGUUGAUGUUUUUGAUUUUGGCCCCCAAAAAUACAGGAUAACAUUUUCCCAGUUGACAGUGACGGUGUUCACCUCCAGCUAAAAUUGUGACAUCACGCUGAUGUAGAUCAAGAAGGGUUCUAUAGUAUUUUGUCUUAUUAAUCUAACACCAUAGAUGUUAAAUGUUAAGAGAUUGUCAUGUUAAUCAGAAUAAAAAUAAAAAAAUUCAAGCA